AUGGAGAAGACUACGCCCGCUGCGAAGAAGGUUUCUUCAUCAGCGUCUAAACCUGCGGCCCCUACCACAAAAACACCAACUUCAGCCUCCAAGACGGCGACGUCCGCUUCGAAACCAGCAGCAUCAAGCGCACAUAAAACAACUUCCAAUGCCUCCAAGCCGGUCAAGUCGGCAUCUCAGACCGCCCAGAAGACGACAAAUGGUAGCAGUGGCGCAGACAUCGUGAAGAGACUGCAAGAGAAGAAGAAGCCACAAUAUACGGAAGUGACUGGUUCGGAUAUUGUCAAGAGGAUUCAGGCAAGGAAGGCUGCCGCAGCCAAGGCAGAGGCUACACCAUCGAAGGCUGAGACCACAGUCAAAAAGACAGCACCGUCUGUCAACCCGUCUACUCAGCCCACAUCCGUAUCCCGGGCACCGAUCAAUGUUCCCAAGACAGCACCAGCUCCGGUGAAGAAGGCGGUUAAGCCUGCGGUUAUCCCGGCCCCGCCCUUGAGGAACGUUCCUGUUACGAACCCUACCCCAGCCAAAACUGCUUCCGCCCCAGCUCAAAAGAAGGAGAAGGUUUACGCCCCUGGCGCCUUGGUACCGACUGCUGAGCUCGAGGCCAAACGUGCAAAGGCUGCUACUGCCAAGACGUCGGGCCCCAAAGAAAAGAACUACCACCCGAGCGCUUUGGUGCCCACGCACGAGAUCGAGGCCAAGCGUGCCGCGAAGAAGUCUGGCCAAACCGGUGGACCAGUUGGCCAAGUUACCGACACUGUUGGGAAGACUGUUGGAGGUGUUGGCAAGACUGCUGGAGGCGUGGUCGGUGGAGCCGGCAGGACUGUCGGCGGAGCUGGAAAGACAGCCGGAGGCGUUGUCGAUGGAGUCGGCAAGUCCGCCGGAGGCACUGUCGACAAUCUUGGAAGGACUGUCGGCGGUGUCACUGGAGGUGUCGGCAAGCAAGUCGGCAACACAGUCGGAGGCCCGCUCGGCAAGGGUGUUAGCGGCGCCACCGAUGGACUUGGCAAGACAGUUGGCGGUGCGACUAGUGGCGUAGGCAACACGCUCGGAGCUGCGACUGGUGGCGUCGGCAAGACUCUCGGUGACACGACUGGUGCUCUCGGAAGAGGUGACCUUAUGGGCACUGUUGGCGGGGCCACCUCUGGAGUUGGUAACACCGUCGGUGGUGUCGGAAAGGGACUCGGUGAUACUGUUGGCGGCACACUUGGAGGCGUGGGUGACACAGUUGGUGGCCCAGUCGGAGGCAUUGUCGGCGGUGUCGGCAAGGGUGCUGGUGAUGCUGUUACUGGAAUCACUGGUGGCCUCGGCAAGGGCGUCGGGAAAUUAGGCAAGGGAGACGUUCUCGGCGGCGUUGGUGAUGUUGUUGGCGGUGUUGGCGAUGGAGUUGGAGGCCUUUUGGGAGGUGUCCUUGGCGGUGUUGGUGGAGGAGGAAAGGACAACGGUGGUGGUCUCCUCGGAGGAGUGCUUGGAGGAGGAGGAGGUGAUGACAAGGAGGGAGGAGGCGGUGGGGGCUUGCUCGGGGGUGGUGGAGGUAAGGGAGGUGGCUUGUUGGGAUUGUAA